GUUUCCGCCUUGGCGUCCAUUUCAUGUUUACUCGUCAAGCAAGUUGUCGUCGCCUUGCUUUUCUCUGAGGAUUAAAACUAGAAACUUUGUUUUUUUCUGGACUUCCGCACUUUUGUGACAUUUAAUGAUGAACUUGCUUUGCUUCUUCCUCCUAGUUGUACAAACACACAGCGUGACGCCUGUGAUUCACACGCUGCAGUAUUUCACCACCGCAUGCUCUCAAGUUCCAAACUUCCCAGAGUAUGUGGAGGUUGGUUAUGUUGAUGAAGUUGAGGUGAGUUACUAUGACAGCAACACCAGGAAAACAGAAUCCAAACAGGACUGGAUGAACAAAAUCACAGCAGAGGAUCCAAACUACUGGAAGAUAGAAACAGAGAAGAAUGUUGUUAAAGAACAUGUCUACAAAGACAACAUUGAAAUAGCCAUGAAGCGUUUCAACCAAACUGGAGGUGUUCACACUUACCAGGUGAUGACAGGAUGUGAAUGGAAUGAUGAGACUGAUGAAGUUAAAGGUUGGCAGCAGUUCAGUUAUGAUGGAGAAGAUUUCAUAUCGUUGGACAUGAAGACAUGGACAUGGACUGCAGCAAAACAACAAGCUUUCCCCACCAAACUCAAGUGGGACCAGGACACACGUGGACUAGACUACUAUAAGUAUUAUUACACUGAGAUAUGUCCUUCUUACUUGAAGAAGUAUGUGGAGUAUGGGAAGAAGGUCCUAAUGAGAACAGAGCUUCCAAAGGUGUUCCUCCUCCAGAAGACGCCAUCCUCUCCGGUCACCUGCAUGGCGACAGGUUUCUACCCCAACCGAGCCGACUUGUUUUGGAGGAAAGACGGCGAGCAGAUCUUCGAGGACGUGGAGCACGGAGAGCUGCUCCCCAACCACGACGGAACCUUCCAGUUGUCGGUGGAGCUGAAAGUGGAGGUGACGGCCGAGGUGGAGGGCAAGUACGAAUGUGUGUUCCAGCUGUCUGGCGUGGAGGAGGACCUGGUCACCAAGCUGGAGAGAAGAAGCAUCCUGAGCAACGCAAGCCAUGAAGGCAACGUGAGCGUCACUGCCACGCUGGCGGUCCUCGCUGUGGUGGUCCUCCUGGCGGCCCCCAUCAUCAUCAUCUUCAUCAUCAAGCGUCGCCCAAGCAGACAAGCCCAAUACCAUGAAGCUGCUGGUGACGGUGGUAACCAGCUCUCAGAGAGACGUGAAGGCUGAAGGCUGAAGGCUGAGUGACACACAGCACAGUGAGGACUUUGCUUUUUCACGCACCUCCAAAUGUUCUUCUGACUUUGUGUGAAGAUGAUGUUCACUCUGCCACAUGCUAACAUCUGCACCUGCUUUUGUUGGGAAUGUGCUGAGUCAUCUUCUUCCUCCAGGAUGCUUUGUGCACUGGAACACAGAGAGAUGUCUCCAUCGCUGAGGGACCUCAUCACACUUGGACUUUUCUUUCACAUCUGCACUAAUUGCUCCUCGUCUUACACCAUGUCUUCUUUGGCUGUUUGUGGCUGACAAAACACCUUCAAUCUGCAUUUGUCAACAAUAUUUUAUCAGAUGUUGAUCUUUGUGUCCAUGUAGUUGUGAUGUCAUCAUUUGGGGCUCAUGUGUCAUCACAUUGACAAGGAUUUCUUCUUUCCUUUUCAAACCAAUAGACAGCUGCUUAUCAGUGAAUAUCACCUUGUGUCACAUCUCAUCAUUAUUUUUAACAAUAUUUUGGAACAAUAGUACCAUUUUUAACUACUUCCGUAUGCUAAUAUUAAUUGUUUUUGAUGUAACAUUUAAGAAUGAUGAUUAUGAGAACUGCUGUCCAGUUGUUAUAUCUUCUUUUCUGAUGACAUUAGUCUCAUUUGCAAUGCAAUUGCACUUCCAAGACCAUUAGAUGGCAGCACUCUAUAACUAUUUAUGCUAUGUUGUAAAACUAGAAAGUAGCUUUUUUUUUCAGGAAAUUAACUUUUUAGGUUGCCCCCUACAAAGUGUCAAUACUGUAAGAAUAGUUAUUACACAAAAUUGUAAAAUUCGAACUAUAAUCUUAGUUGUUUCCUUUACCAAAUUCCAAGGUGUUGAAAUCGCCAUGUAAAAUCCUUCAUGUAAAUAGUAGCCUGUCUUUGGCAAAUCCUAUGUAAAUUAGCAAUAAGCUAGCGCAUUUUGGAAGAGUGUCGCAUUACUUUAUGUUUGCGCUGUUUUUUUAUUAAGCACUGUGUUGGUGUUGAAAAUGGCAACAUGACUUAGAGGGAGUUUGGCUGAGUCCGGCCUGAGUGCUGCUUGAGUGAUUGUUUAUCUGAGCCCGUGUUUAGUCUGAAAGCAGACAUGACGUCACAUGCAACAAAGGUAUCCAACUUGAUUUUACAUAAUUGAUAGUACUGAGGGAAUUGGGUCAUCACCUACAAAAGUACAGAAUUGGGUAGCCAACCUUACCAGUUAGUGUGACGGAGGGGGACAGUGACACAAAAUUUUUAUGACAAAGCAUUGUCAAAUAUUUAUAUUUUUGAAACAAUUUGCUGUUUUUUCCGUUCCUUUUUGCAUAAUCAUAUUUUUGCUUGAUUGCCAAACAUGCCGAGGAUGUCAUUUGGGAAGUAAACAAGGUAGGCCGUUCAUAUACUCUUGAUAUUCAGUGUUUUAUGUGUACAAUGUUUCAUGUACAUUCUGGGGGUUUUAUUCAGUAAAAACUUGUCAAAUACAAUUUCUGUUUUGGAGGUGGUUUGUCAUUACACACAUGAUAACACUUCUUCCUUGCAGUCAUGCAAAACAAGUAUUAAAUGAUCUUAAGCCUUUACCAUGUCGGAAAAGUGACAAUUUGAAAUAUUUUGUCAAUUGUCAACAGAAAGAAUGAAUGACAGAGCUCUUUAUUAAAACACAGUUUUUAAUGGAAAUGACUGCAAAUUUAAGAGAGUAAAAUAACACAAUUCACCUGUUCUUCUGUUGAUGCUAGUAGUGGAAUGGUAUACACAUCUGCUGUGUGUGACAGUGGGUGUGGGUACGAUUCCUGGUCAGGAGUGGAAGGUAAACAUUGAUCUGAAUCAUCAUGAUUGUUGUGCUGUGGCGACCUCUCAUGGGAAAAAAUGAAAGACAUUUACUGAUUUAAUUCUGUUAAUUGUGUUAUUCUGCACUCCAACAUUAAUUAUUUGGUCAUGUUUUUAUUACGGUGUGAUCUUAUUACUCCGAGACGUGUGUAAUUAAAUACAGGUUUCAGUCAAAUAGUAAAACAUGUUUUUCACAAUGUCAGGUUCAAACAUCGAUGACAUCUAUUAAACAAGACAAGAAGCAAGGAAAUAGAGACGGAAUUCAAUUUUGCUCGGUUUGAGGAGAAACAUGUCGACCUGUAACCUCUUACAGUGUCACCCACGCGCUCACGGAAAAAUGUUCACGUCUCCUCCUUUAUUUGGAUAUUCCCUGUUUACAUAACAGCAGCUGUUUCUAAAGGAAUGGGGGUAUGUAAACAGCCAUUGUUUUCGGUCACAUUAACACAAAAGAAAAAGAUACCUCAGGCUUGUACUGGUCCUGGAUCGAGCUUGGGCAAGUCUUGGAUCACAAUAGCUAACCCUUCCCGUCUCUUCCCAUCGUACACAGUGGUAUUUUCCAAGCCUUUGGAUUAUUGCAACAAAGACAGCUUCCGUCUGUUCACUGGGAACUCAGAGAACGGAAAGUUUUUUUGAUAAUUUACAUACAAUAUUUCUGACACACAUAAAUAAAGAAGGCAAAAACAAGCAAACAAACAGAAAAAUCACCAUGCCAGUAGAGAUGAAGACAAUCUGCCAACAAAAUGUCUCCUACUUAUUUUUUCAGAGAGUUGUCAAGCCUGCGUGUGAUGAUGUGGCCUGCCAGUUAAAAAGUUUGCCCAAGUUAUUCUAGUCACUUAUGCACAGAUGAGAUGUGUCGGCCUCAAAAUAUUACUUUGCAUCACUUUUUGGCAACCAACAAUUCAUUGAUUGAAUUAAUACAUCCAAACACUUUAUUGAUAUGUAUGAUGUGCAUGAACAAAAAACAGUUGAUGUUGUAUGUAGCUUAUAAACAAGGAAGAGGUUUGUAACACAUCAACAUCAACAAGUCCUUUAAAAUCUCAUUAAUGUCACAGAAUUGGACAAAUCUUUGACUUUUCCAACCUAGCAAAGGCUUUAGAUCAUGCUACUUUUGUUGAACAAAUGUUUUGCAGGUACAAUAGUCAAGAUAAACCUGCUUUCAAAUCAACUUUAAAGAUACCUUAUCUUUUAUACUUUAUGUUUGAGUGGACUAAAUGUACUGUCAUUUUAGCUGACUAAAAUGUUGUGUGAUGUGGUUGACUUAAACUAAAUCCAUUUAGAUUUAGCAGAGAGAAACUAUUGUUAGUCACCUUGAGACUCUCACUGAAACCUAAUAACCAGGUGAUAAAUCUGGAGGUAAUAAUGGACUCAGACUUGAACUUUAACAGCCGCAUGAAGUCGAUAACAUCAGCAGCUUUUACCACCUGAAACACUUUGUCAACAUCAGAGGAAUAAUGUCUGAAUCAGACUUGGAGAGACUAAGUCUUUGUCUCCAGCAGUUUGGACUACUGUAAUGCUCUUUUCACUUGGCUCUUUAAACCAGCUGUAAAGCAACUGCAGUACACCCAGAAUGCUGCUGCUCAAGUCCUGACUAGAACUAGGAAAUAUGAUCAUAUCAGUCCAUAUCAGUCCUGGCUUCCUGUAGCUACUCAGCUUUCCUUGUGUACAAGUCCUUUCAUGGUCUUGUGCCAAAGUACAUCUCUGACAUGUUAGCUCUGAGAACCUUGUUUUAUGAGGAUUAUUCUUCUUUUAUUUUGAAGUAUUUUCCAUGGUUACUUCCAUUUUAUUGUUGCCUUCUUGUCAUUUUCUGUACAGCACUUUGAAUUGUGCUCUAUAAAUAAACUGGCCUUCCCUAAUUGUUUUCAGAAUAAAACACUUAUUUCCA